CGAAAGGUUGCAAGGGUCUGCAUGGGGGCAUCUGAGAUUAGGGACAGAAAGAAUUGCUGGGCUGAGAUGCUGGGAUGGGACGGGGUGAUGCGAUGGACCUUCAGGGUGCCACCCACCGAGCUGCCAUUGGCAGGAUCCUCUGGAUGGUGAGGGGCAGCAGCUUUUGCAGCAGGCGUGUGUUACAUCCUGCUCUCUCCUCUGUGCUCUGCAGCCAUGUGAUGCCGGAGGAGUGUGGCGAUGAUAUGGAAUGUGGGCAGCUGCCUUCGGACACGCUCCGACAGGUGACGGUCCUGCGCCAUCCCCGCUACGGAUUCGGCUUUGUGGCCGGCAGUGAGAAGCCCGUGGUGGUGCGCUCGGUGGCAGCAGGUGGCCCCUCUGAGGACAAACUGCUGCCAGGAGACCAGAUUUUGGCCAUCAACGAUGAGGACGUGAGCGAAGCCCCCAGAGAGAGGUUCAUUGAGCUCGUCAGGAAGGCCAAAGACUUCAUCAUCCUCACGGUCCUGCACACACACCAGUCCCCCAAAUCCGCUUUCAUCAGCGCAGCCAAGAAAGCAAAGCUGAGGUCCAACCCAGCAAAGGUCCGCUUUUCAGAGCAGGUGACGGUCGGCGAGACGGACCCAGACAUGUUGAAGAAGGAAGCUCUCCUCCUCAUUCCCAAUGUGCUGAAAGUUUUUCUGGAGAACGGGCAGAUCAAGUCCUUCACAUUCGAUGGCCGAACCACCGUGAAGGACGUGAUGGUGACAUUGCAGGACCGCCUGUCCCUGAGGCACAUCGAGCACUUCGCCCUGGUCCUGGAGUACUCGAGCCCAGAGCAGAACCAUCGCUUCCUGCUGCUCCAGGACAAGCAGCCCCUGGCCCACGUUGUGCAGAGGACGCACUACCACGGCAUGAGGUGCCUCUUCCGUGUCAGCUUCUUCCCCAAAGACCCAGUGGAACUGCUGCGCAGGGAUCCGGCAGCCUUCGAGUACCUCUACAUCCAGAGCCGCAACGACGUGAUCAGAGAGCGCUUUGGCAUGGACCCCAAGCCGGAGAUGCUGCUGGGGCUGGCUGCCCUCCACAUCUACAUCACCGUGGCGGCCACGCGGCCCAGCCAGAAGGUCUCCCUCAAGAACGUGGAGAAGGAGUGGGGUCUGGAGCCCUUCCUGCCUCCCUCUCUGCUGCAGCUUGUCAAGGAGAAGAGCCUCCGCAAAUCGCUCUCCCAGCAGCUCAAAGCCCACCAGAACCAGCCUGGAGGCACCAAGGUCUCCACUGCCCAAGCAAAGCUGCAGUACCUGAGGAUCCUGAACGAGCUGCCCACCUUCGCCGGGGUUCUCUUCAGCACCGUGGGACUGGACGAGAAGCAGCCAGCCACCACGCUGCUGGUGGGCCCCCGGCACGGCAUCAGCCACGUCAUCGACCUGAAGACCAACCUCACCACCGUGCUGUCAGAGUUCAGCAAGGUCAGCAAGAUCCAGCUGUUCCGGGAGAACCAGGGGGUGGCCCGGGUGGAAACCAGCAUCCUGGAUGCCAAGCCGCUGGUGCUGCUGAUGGAGUGGCCCGAAGCCACCAACUUUGCCUGCCUGAUCGCAGGUUACUGCCGUCUCCUGGUGGACUCCAAGAAGAUGAUAUUCUCCAGGCCGCCCAGCCAGCCCCCACCACCUCAGAUUAUCAAGGCAGAUUACAUGGACUCACACCACCUCCCCCGGCCCGCGGCGGCGGGGCACGCUGGAAAGAAGGAGGGCGGGUUCGUGGGGGGCCAUACCGGCAGCCCCCCCCCCGGCAGGCCUCGGGCGGCCCGCGCCUCGGACCCGGAGCUCGUCAGCUUUUGCUACCUGCACAUGCGAGAGCAGAGGAAGGAGAGAGAGAGCAGGACGGAUAUCAAUGAAAACCUGAUCUUUUUCGAGGAAACGCGGCCCAGGACCAAAUCUGACCCCACAUCCAAGAGCUCCGGCCAAGGCUACGAUGGGGUGGCCAACGAACGUGACCCCGACGGCCCGGAGCGCGAGCGGCACGCCAGCCGUGCCCGGGCACACACCAUCGACACGCACCCGCGGGGCGACGCCGCCCACUUCUACUGCGAGUCCUGCAAGGCCAAGCUCAGGAGCCGGCUGGCCUCGCGCAAAGCCGGCGGCGCCCGUGACAACAUGGUGGACCUGAUGUCCCUCCCUCCUCCCGGUAGCGAUGAGGAAGAGGAUGAGGCCACGGCUCUGCUCCCCGCCAUCGCCGCCCCGCCGCCCGGCUUCCGAGACAACAGCUCGGAUGAGGACGACCCCAAACGCCGGGCGGCCGCGCAGGGCCAGGAGCAGAGCCGGCACCUGUGCAGCAUCCUGUACGACGAGAUCCCCGUCACGCUGAUAGACAGCGUGCAGACGCGGACGGUGCGGGACCAUGCCCAGGAGCUGGACGAUGCCCUGGUGUCCACCCUGCAGGCGCUGGAAGCUCUGGCUGCUUCUGAGGACUGCCCGCAUCCCCCGCCGCAGCAGACAGCAGGUCUCAUCGUCCUGGCUGCCAUCACACCUGAGUCAUCCUUGGAUUCUGGCCACGAGACCAACUCCUCAGAGCUCACCGAUGUCUCAGAGAUGGUCUCUGCUAUGAAGCAGCACCAGAACGCAGCCUACUUCCUCGCUCAGCACAUCAACAAAGAGAACCUCCUGGCCAGAAAGGAUUUGCCUUUCCGAAUCCAGAGCUGUGCUGCCCAGGCUGUCCUCACCUCGCCAUACGCCCUCACCCGCCAGGAGACAAGCUCCUCAGCGAAGCCAGCUUUUUCUCACCCAAAUCCCAGCCUUACCAACUGCAAGAGCAAACAGGAGCAGCAGAAUGUUGAGCAGAGUUACACCGUGGCUGCCCAGCCGGUGCUCACCUCCCAGCGCAGCGAGCAGAACAGAGGAGCUCCGGUACCAGGCUCUGAAUGUAGGGGUACAGGCCACACAAAAGCUGCCUUUGAGGGACCUCUGCAUACCACAGCUGCACCGAACAGAGAGCAGUCACAGGAUCUACAAGAGAAGAUGCCCAAAGAAGUUCUGCCGAGCCCCAAACUCCUCCUGGAUCAGAAAAGCGGUGUGACUCCAGCCAUCAUUUCAGCUGCUCUGCAGCAAGUGGCAAAUGCUAAAGGCUCAGCCCCUCAAGUGGGAGCAGCAUCAAAAGAAGACAAGACCAUGAAUGGGACCGGUGGCUGUGUAUCAGCCAGCAACAAGCCUUUGAAACUGAAAGGAGGUCAGCUAACUGCAGAGCCGCUGUGCCACUGUCAGCAGCAACAGCAACUCUCUCAGCAGCAGUAUAGUGAAGCUUCUCCGAGUCCUAUAGAAGCUCAUAGCAGUAAAGCUGAAGCUUUGCAUCCCACCUCAGGAGGUGAAGAAACGAUGCCUGGUAAGAGUUUUGCCUCUAAAAGUUUCCAGCAAAAGGUGAGUAGAGAUACCCCGGGAAAAGCAGCGAGCGGAGAGCCCGGUCAGAAGGCAGGGGGGGAAGCCAUGAGUCUCAUAUUUCAAAAACACAUGGCUCCUUCAAACCAAGCAGAGAAAACGCAACAGGAAAGUUCAGCCAAAAGCUUAAAAGCUGAGAGCAGCAAUCUGCACUCUGCAUCACCUGCUGGCAUUUUCAGGAGCACCAGUGAGGAUUCCAAGGGGCCAAUCCAGCUGGUGCCCAGGUCUGAGAGCCUGCAGAUCAGCACUGUGCCUUCCAAAAAAGUUGACAAGAUCCUGGAGGCCACCCAGGCAGAUGUUGAUGUCCCAGCUAAACCCAAAGCUCCAAAAGCUCCCUUCAGGUUGAGGAACCUGUUUUCUGCUACGUUUCCUACCCGGCUGAAGAAGGAGACAGACGAGCGGCAGGCUCAGCUGCAGAAAGUGAAGCAGUAUGAACUGGAGUUCCUGGAAGAGCUGCUCAAGCCAAAGAGCAAAGGUGACCUCCCACCACAGGAGUACCUGCACCCUCCUGCCCCUGGGCGCUGCAGCUGCCAGCUAAGGAGCAGUCCUGUGCAAAAAGUCCCAGGGAUGUCCAGGGAGCAAAGGCGCAGCUGUGACUGCAAGCGGAUUUGCAGGGGCGUGAGACCACCCCCCAGCCAGCUGGUGAUGCCAGAACUGGAGAGGCACGGCAGGGAUAAGGUCACUGAUGACCAGCAGCAAGCAGAAGCCAUUAGGUUGACAAGCAUGAGCAGCCCUUCCAAAGGCAAGAGGAUACGAUCGACGAGCUUAGAGUCCAGGGACUACCGGUCAGAUCCAGAAAACGACGUGUCCUGUCUGACAACGUGUGCUUCCCGAGGGGAAUGCAUGGGAGCUCCGCAGUACAAGAAGCUCUUGCGUCGCUACAGUGUCAGUGAAUUAGAUAAGACUGAUAGGACAUCCCUGUCCUCUGACAUCAACCAGAACAUCUACCCGGCCAAGCAGAAAGGUCCUCAGAAGGAGUCUGAGCCCAGCAUCCUUUGUCCUGUUCUGAAGAGCAAAAUCCAGGAAGCCGCUGGGGUGGCUGAUCCAUCCUAUGUCCAAAUAGCACAGGAGAAAAAGAACCAGAAAGGUUCGGCGGUGUUCUCUGUCCAGGAGGAGCUGUAUCCAAGUCCUGCAGAGCUGCGGGAUGAAGACGUGGAGGAUGAGAAGUGCUGCUCCAUCCGGUAUUGCUUCUACUACAGGAAAUGUGAUGUUGCGGAUGAUGGGAGCGAGAAGGAUGAGCUGUCCUAUUCCAUCCCCAUGCAGAUACUGCCGGGAAUGAAGCUGGACAACCAGAUGGUCCCGGUGAUGAGCAGGACACUUCAAGUCCUCGAUGCCACAGCCUGCAGCAGUCCCAACGACAGUCAAACCCAGGAAAUAGAUUUAAGGACCUCCACUUUUGAGGGGAGCUUGGCAAAGAUCAACAUCCUUCGAGGCCACGUCUACAGCUUGCCCAAUGGCUUUCUGCAAGUGCAGCUGGAUACCAAUGAACUCCUGACCAUCCUGCGGCAGUGCGUGGUGAGCCCUGACGUCCGGGACUGCAAACUCUACAUCUCCCAACUGGCUGAGUACAAGCAAGAGCUCGCCCUUAAGUUCAAGGAGUUCCGGGCGUCCUGCCGCCGCGUGGCAGCCGUUGACAAAAGCCCUACCCACAUGCUGUCCGCCAUCACGAGCAGCUUCCAGGUGCUAAGCAGCCUCAUCGAGACGUUCGUGAGGUUGGUGUACAUCGUGCGCUCGGAGUCCCAGCGCCAAGAGCUGCUGACGAAGGUGGAGGAAGUGGUGAGAAAUUACACCUUCCUCCUGCGGGCGGCGGAGGAAUCCACGGCCAGAAUGUUGAGCCACCAGCAGACGGUGGAGCAGCUCGCCCGUCAGUCCGCCACGGUUGCCACUGUUAUGAGCACGCUCACACGCUCCCUAAAGACACUGAUCAAUAAGUAAACCAGCCGCAAAAGCCAGCAGGCCAGUGUGUGCCGGGCUGUGUGUCAGUGGUUCUUGUAUCGCGUAGGUCUGGUGAGGAUGUCCGUCUGUCUGUCCGUCUGCAGGGAAAGCCCACGCCUGCUGAGGUCCACAGUAAAGAAAAAGACGUUGUUUCUCAACAGAAGGGAUGGUAACAUUGAUGGUGUUUGGAAAGGGAAAUUCACGCCUCGUUGCAGGCUGUGCAGACGGCGUGUCAGGGGUCCCAAGCAGCUGCACCGCUUGUCCUCCGGCACUCGGGAGGCACAGUCAUCCCAUUACCACACUCACUGGGUUUUGAGUGGUUCUGGGCCUCCCUCGUGCAAAGAGUUGGCACUGUCCCCUGUGUCACGGUGCGUGGUGACCAGCAGUGAGCAGGGACUGAGCUGACGCCGCCCGGCUUCACUUGGGCAGCAGUCCGGUUGGAGCCAAACCAGUGUCUUGCCACGUAAACAGCUCUUCUGCCUCCAGGGUCUUCCUGGCCCACAGAUGCAAUGUAAUCAGCAGCAGAAGGCAUCUCUGGGAUGCAGCUCCCUGCUGCUGCACUAAGGCUUGGGAAAGCCUAGCAGUGGGGAGGAUGCCGUGUUCCUAGGACGAGGCUAGGUCCUCCAGCAGGCUCUACUCCCACAGCUUAGGCACCGAUGGCCCAGUCCUGUACACGGGCACUGCCUGAGAAAGGCAGCAGCUCAAUGCUGUGUGAGCAGGGAGUCGUUCCCCAUCCUCUGCUGGAUGGCCGUGUUCAUUCUAGGAAGCCUGCAGAGACCCGGAUCGCUGUGUGACCAGUGCAAGCCAGCAGCUGGGCUAGCAGCUGAGAGGAGACCUCUUCCAUGCCAUUCUCCAGAGCAGGUCUGUGCCUUGGAGGCUCAGCCCAGCCCCUCUCCUCCCGCUUCCUUUCACAGUGCCCACGGGAGAGGAGCCCAGGUCGGGUUGGUCUGAGGCACGGCUUCCUCCUGAGCCAGGCAGUGCUGCUCCUGCCCUCCUCACCAGGGGCUCGGAGCCUUCUUCUGUCUUCACUGGACUGACUGCCAUGAGGAACAUUACUUAGUACCACCUAAUGGUUAUUUAUUCAGAGUCGGGUUGGGAUUUUUGUUUGUUUGAUUUUCCUUUCUUUAAUUUUUUACUUUUAGAUGAAUAGUAAAACAGCUCCUAAUCGCUUUCCUUCACACCCCGGGGGCUGCCCUCCUCCUCCCAAUCUAGCUUCUAGACCUGAUCAAUCAGACCGCCUUAACUGGUGCUUCAGUGCACUCACCCACCCCCCGAAACACAGCAGCCAGGAGGAGAAAAUGCAAGGUUAAGCAUCGCAUGGACCUCGCCGUGCCGCCCAACACACCUCAUGCACACGGGGCUCCCUGUGCUCCCUGCACCCAUCUCAGGCUGAAGGGGAGAUCACAGCAGGAGGGGGAAGGGCUGCCAAAGCCCACGAGCUUGCCCCGUGGCUGGCUGAGCACGUGGCCAGGGAUCUCCACAGGAUCUAUCAUUUCCCAUCCCUGUUCUUAUUUAUUUUUUUUUUUUAAUAAAUAUGCACAUUUGAAAUCUCUCGUUCUUCCAUAAGAGCUAUGGAAGUGCACAAUGUGCUUUUUAACGUGCGCAUCCUCUACCAAGUGCAAUAACGGGCUUUGGCCAUUGCUGUCAGGAAGGCAGAGGGGAUCCUUCUGCCUCCUGCUUUCCACAACCAUGUAGCAAAUACACAGUGGAAGAGCCAAUUUGGAUUUCAGUCCACGGUGGGCAGAGCCUGUAGUAAUGCUGAAGGCCGACAGGGAGCUGUGGUUUUCUUUUCCCCCUGAAUUAUCUAUUACAAAGCUCCAAGUUUCCUCAAGCUCCCCGUGAUGCCUACAUCAUUCCUCCAUAAAUCUCUCA